AUGGAGACGGAGGCUUUAAUGCAGGAGGUGACGGGGAGGUCGGGUUAUUCCCCGUCUGAGCUCCACGAGGACGAGAUGUCCGCGCCGUUGCUUCCCAGCAGCAGCAGCAACAGCAGCAGCACGGGCCUGGAGCAGCUCAGCAAAACCAACCUCUACAUCCGCGGCCUGCCCCCCGCCACCACAGACCUGGAUCUGGUUAAACUCUGUCACCAGUAUGGAAAGAUUCAGUCUGCAAAGGCAAUCCUGGACAAGACAACCAACAAGUGUAAAGGUUACGGCUUUGUGGACUUCGACAGCCCGGCAGCUGCUUUAAAGGCCGUGCACGCUCUGAAAACCAGCGGCAUACAGGCCCAGAUGGCCAAGACCCGCUCAGGUGUACCUGCGGCCCAGCUCUGUGGCGCAGCUCACACCCGUGCGUGCGCGGCCACUGACGACGGGUCGCUCUCCGGAGACCUGCGUGGAAACAAACAGGCAACAGCGCAGUUUGUGUGGCGCGGUAGCCAUGGCGACGCCGCUCUCCUGCCGUUUCUAGACGAGGCCGUAGAGGCGCUGGGAUGCUGCACGGUGCAGAUAAAGUGUGUGUGUGUGUGCGUGAAGCAGCAACAGGAGCAGGACCCCACCAAUCUGUACAUUUCCAACCUGCCUCUUUCUGUGGAUGAGAAGGAGCUGGAAAAGAUGCUGCAACCCUUCGGUCAGGUGGUCUCCACCCGCAUCCUCCGGGACUACAGCGGCAACAGCCGAGGCGUGGGCUUUGCCAGGAUGGACACGACGGAGCAGUGCAACGCAGUCAUCUCCCACUUCAAUGGAAAGUUCAUAAAGUUAGCUUCUGGAGCCCCAUCUCAGCCCUUGCUGUGUAAGUUCGCAGACAGUCAGAGGAAGAAACACGCCCACAGCGGAUAUGUUCCCAACGGACAAACAACAGAUCUCAGACUAGGUGCAAUGACUCUGACCUACGACCCUUCUUCAGCAGCCAUACAGAACGGGUAUUAUCCUUCACCGUAUCCAGUGACCAACAGGAUAAUGACCGUGCAGCCGACGAUGUCUCCCUACAUGUCCCCGGUCUCUGCUUACCAGCUGAUUGAGUUGGUGAAACUCUCCUCAUGUGACAACCUGGACGGUCUCGUGUUACAGGCUGCUGUGAUGUCUCCCUCUGUGGAUCCCUCCAUGUCACUGCACCCCAGCACCAUGAUCACUCAGCAGAUGGGACAACUCGCGCUGGGAAACUCCGGAGCUUAUAUUGCUGCCAACCCCAGUGUCCAGGGAGCUUACAUGCCUCCGUAUCCUCCCAUGCAGGCGGCCCCUCCACGCUCCCUCCACACCCCAGUAUGA